UGUAAUGAGAGUCAGCGCCUGUCCCAUGUGUAUCUUCGUCCAAUUGCUGCACAACAUUACACCAUGCAUGCUUACCAACUUUCCUACCCCCACAUAUUUUGUUGCAGUGGGGAGAUCCGCAAAGAGUUCAGAGAGCUGAGGCGCCAAAUGCGGUCCGAGGAACAAGCCAAGCUGCAGCCAGACCAACAGCCAUCAGAGUUGGAUGAAAAGGAGGAAGAGGGGGAUGAGCCAUCAAACCAGCUGAUGCAUGCCUACCGACAGGCAGCGUGUAUACACAGAGAAGAAGCAGCACGUACUCCCUAAGGGGGCUCAGAGGGAGCAGAAGACUCUGGAAGCCUUGGCCCGGUUCCAAGCCAAGAUGGCCGAGCACCUGUCAGUGGAAGAUGGUGAUGAGGACAGUCCAGAUGACAAGUCAGACCGAUGGCUGUCGCACCAACUGCGUUUUGCUGAGCAAGGCCCUGUGCUGGCGAGAGACGCGAGCGUGGUGGAUGCUGAGGAGGCAUACAGCAUUGAUGACCCACGUAAUGCCAUGAACGAGAGGCGCCGCAAGCAUCGUGAACACAGUGGUGAUAGGCACCACAAGCGUCACAGGUAGCCGACUCGUCUGCACUGUUUUCAAUUGGCCUAAAGACCUGGUAUAGCAGCAGUGUGAAGAAAAUCAUCGAUACCCCACUGUGUAAAACCGUUCUUCCUUUUGUGGUGCCUUUCAAAGAUGCCUGUUGUCAUACGGUGCUGCCAGUGUUUAGCCAUCAGCUUGCUGUCUUGUUAGCCGAGUGUGGCUGGCGGGCUAUUUCCUUUUUUUGGCAUGUUUCCAGAAUUCUGUGUUUUGGUUAUCAGUGACAGCCACUGAAGUGAACCACAUUGCGUCAAAGCUCAAUGUUUUUCUCACUAUAAGGUGGGUCGCAUCGUGACUGGAAACAUGCUCUGUGUCUGAUCACUUGGGUGCGUUUGGUGUUUAACGACAAAAUAAACUGUGUUUUUUUUG